UGGAACGUCAACCGGCUUUUAGCGGGGUUACCGCUAAAACUUCGGCGUACCAAGACCCUGCCGAUGGGGGUGAUGGCCUCCGCCAGCGAAAGGUCACCUCGACCUCACCGUUGACCACCACCUCCUCCUUCGGCGAGACAAGAGUCUCGUUAGACCCAAUGGAGCAGGCUGCCCAGGGCGCGACGGCGCUGAAGGCGUCAGACUAUGCCGGCGCCCUCUCUGCCUACACUCGCGCGCUCAUCGAGCAUCCUCUCUCCCCAGACUACCUCACACAGCGCUCAGUCGCUUUCACCCGUCUCAAGCCUCCACGACACGAACUCGCCUUGAAAGACGCAGAAUAUGCAGUCCUAUCUGCUCAGAAACGAGCGAAGAGAGAGAAGAUUCAGGCAGCACAACAACGACGAGCAAUUGCGCUCUACGGACUGGGUCGCUACGCUGACGCCAAGUUCAUCUUAACCUCGAUUGAGAAAUGGAUCUCGAAAGACCAGAAGUCAAAGGCUCCAAAGAUGGAAUGGGAUAUGUGGAUGGCUCGUAUUGAGGCGAAACUCAAGAAACUUCCAGAGUCAGAGCAGGAAACUACAAUCAAAGAAUACCCAGACUUCGAUCUCCCCACUGAAAAAGACAUGCUCGAGCAGUUGAAACCGCAGCUCAGCGCUGACGGAAGAUACAUUCUCCCUGAGGACGUGGUCGCCAGAUCAUCAGAACCACCUUCUACAACGAAAGCGCAGGCCACAAACGGUCAAACCAGCACGAACGGAGACGCAAAAUCUACUACCUCAACCACACCCUCGACACUUACCGCUCUUCCCAAAAUUCGACACGAAUGGUAUCAAAACGCACAGUCCAUCACCCUCACAAUCUACGCCAAAGGCGUUUCCAAAGACACCGCAGACAUCGAGAUCCAUGAUGACUCGAUCUACAUCUCUUUCCCGCACCCAUCGAACCCAGCCUCAGCGUUUACGUUUAGCGCGGACCCCCUCUUUGCCCUAAUUGACCCAACCCAGAGCACAUCCAGCAUCAUGUCCACCAAAGUAGAAUUGACGCUUAAGAAAGCGCAAGCCGGUCAAAAGUGGCACAACUUGGAAGGAACAACACCACUCAAACCCUUGACAGACGACACCACCCCUGCAGCACCAGACCCAGCAAAAGCGGCUGUACUUUCUACAGUCACAGAGACAGCCCCAUCAUACCCUACGUCCUCCCGCAAUGGUCCAAAAAAUUGGGACAAACUCGCCAAUGACCUCCAUGCACAAUCCAAGCCCAAAAAGAAAAAGCCCACCGAUGCUAAAACCGAGUCCGAUGCUAAGAGCUCACCAAAAACCUCGGACGAUGAAGGAGUCGAAGAUGUAGACUCAGAUUUUGAGUCAGGCGACGCAGUCGAUGGCUUUUUCAAGAAAUUGUACGCUGGUGCUGACGACGAUACUCGACGAGCUAUGAUGAAAUCGUACUACGAGAGCAAUGGAACAGCACUGAGCACCAACUGGAGUGAAGUCGGGAAAGGUCCCGUCGAAAUGGUUAAGGGCAAGGACGAUUGAGGCAUUGUCUCAUACUCACGGAGUUUCGGCUGUGGAAAAGCAUUGCGACAGCCGACAGCGCUGAAUUGAACCCUGUACGAUGAACGAGCUCCAUGAGAAAAUGAGCGCUGAAACAAAAUGCAAUUGAAAACACCACUAAAGGGUGUGAAAAUCAUCAUUUAUAAUGGCUCGUUUCGUACUCCGUCAUCCAAAUU